AUGUCCAAGGCCGUGUCACGCAUUCCGUCGAGCACCCUGGCCUCCCUCCUCCCACGCGCCCUGAACCCGCACGUCACCGUCGUUGACCUCGUCACGGCCCACCUCACCGCCGCCGUAGACUCUGAUCCCGAAGAUGAGGCCGCCAAACCCAUCAACCUCGCCGGCCUCCUCCCCUACCUCGGCCACGAGGAACUCACCGCCGUCGUGCUCCGCGCCGGCCACUCCCACCCGCUCCCCACCCUCCGCUUCCUCAUCGCGCUACCGCCGCCGCUGCAACCGUCUCCUCCCCACCUCGCGUUCCUCGCGCAUUCCCUCGCCACCACCCGCUUCUUCUCCCACGCACUCGACGCGCUCUCCCACCUGCUCCGCCUCCACCCAAGCCACGACGCCCUCCCCACGCUCCUCCUCUCCUCCCAGACCGCGCCCCACCCCUCCCUCCCGGGUCUCCUCGUCAAGGCGCUCCUCCGCCACGCCCGCCUCCGCGACGCAUUCCGCGCCGCCCACCGCGCGGCCGCUGCUGGCGCCCCUCCCGACACCGUCGCCUUCAACGCUCUCCUCGCCGCGCUCUCUCGCGCGGGGCGUUUCGAUGAACUAUGGGCCGCACGAGCCGUCAUGGCGCGCGCCGAGGUGCGACCCAACACGCAUACCUUCAACAUCCUUGUCACAGCGCUCUGCCGUGGGGAGGAUGCCGAGCGCGCGCAGGGGUUCUUAGAGGAGCUGGAGGAGCAAGGGUUCGAGCCGGACGUGGUCACCUACAACACCCUCCUUUCUGGUUACUGCCGCAGGGGGAAGCUUCAGGACGCACUACACCUGUUCGGCGUUAUGCCACCCAGGGGUGUUGAGCCGGAUUUGGUGUCACAUACUGUUUUGAUGGACGGGCUGUGCAAGGCCGGGAGGUUGAACGACGCUCGCCGCAUGUUUGACAGGAUGGUGCACAGUGGGGUGAGCCCCGAUGCCAUUGCUUAUAGUGUUCUUAUCGCAGGGUAUUGUAACGAGCAGAGAGUCAGGGAGGCAAGGUUGCUGCUGAUGGAGAUGGUGGGGAGUGGGCUCUCCUCUGAAGGAUUCGCUCUCAGGGCUGUGAUUGAGAGCCAUGUAAAAGUUGGGAAGCUGCUCACUUGCCUGAAUCUUGUGUCACCUUUAAGGAAAUAUGGCGUUGUCAUCCCAUUGGAGAGUUACAAUUGCUUGAUUGGUGCGCUGUGUGAGGACAUGCGCCCUCAUGCUGCCAGGGGUUUGUUCAAGUGGAUGGUAGAGGAUGGGCAUAGUCCUAGCUUGGAGAUGUACAAUAUGAUUCUGGACUGCUUAUGCCAAUGUGACAGUGUGGACGAUGCUUUAGAUGUCAAGGUUGAGAUGAGCUCUAGAGAAGUGAGACCAGACUUUCAUACUUACCAGGCCCUAGUAACCUGCCUUUGUAGGUUGGGGAAGAGCUUGGACGGCAAAUCAGUAAUGGCAGAGAUGAUUGAGUCAGGUCUCCAGCCGAAUGAAGCUAUUUGCACUGCCUUGGUUUGUGGGUUCUGCAAAGAAGGAUAUCUUGAUAGGGCAGAAUUGAUCCUCAAGGCUUUCGUUCUCGAUUUCCAGCUCCACUGCAAUGAGAGCUAUAAUGCUCUAAUGAGAGCUUACUGUAUGACCAGGAGCACCUCAGAGUCGCUAGAAUUGCAGAACAGGAUGUUAGAUUUGGGCUUUGUCCCAAGCAGCGAGACAUGCCGAUCUCUCAUCUAUGGGCUCUCAAGAAGCAUUGCUUAG